CGCCUUCACUUUGCAUUCUCCGCUAGAAACUCACAAAAUUACAUUUAAAAUAAGCACUUAAAUCAAACCCUUAAGUAACUUUUUUUUUGGUUUUUUUUUUUGUUUUUUCUGGGAGGGAAAGAAAAAGAAAGAGAGAGAGAGAGAGAGGAGAAUUUUUAUUUAAUUUUUUAUUUAAUUUCAGUUCUGUUUGUUUGUUUUCUGAGAAUCUGAUUCCAUUGGGAAAAAAUAAAAUAAAAAUAUUUUUUUUAUGCGGGAGUGGGAUACUGAUUUGGUGUUGGAUGAGAUGCAUGAGAAGUUGUGCUUGUUGUGGGGUUUGUGGAUGCAGUUGAAUUGAAUCAGAGAGUAUUGGAGUUGAAUUGAGGUUGGGGCAUGUGAUUGUGAAGUUGUGGGGAUAGGGUCAGAGAUGGCUCGGGAUGGGAGUGUUGUUCCUGCGGACCCACAGGCCAUGGCGGUUCUGAAGAAGAAGACACAAUCUUCGAGGAGUUGGAUUCUAUUUGAUAGCACUGGCCAAGGUUCAUUGCUUGACGUCGACAAGUAUGCCAUCAUGCACAGGGUUCAGAUUCACGCUCGUGAUCUAAGAAUUCUUGAUCCCUUGCUCUCUUACCCCUCUACCAUUCUGGGUCGUGAGAAGGCCAUUGUUAUUAACUUGGAGCAUAUCAAAGCAAUUAUCACAGCCGAAGAGGUAUUGCUACGAGAUCCAACAGAUGAAAAUGUGGUCCCUGUUGUUGAGGAACUGCAAAGGAGAUUGCCUCAAGUAAGUGCCAUUCAUCAACAGCAAGGAGAUGGUAAAGAGUAUAUUGAUGGUCAACAUGAUACUGAAGCAGCCGAAGAAGAUGAGUCACCCUUUGAAUUCCGGGCCCUGGAGGUAGCUUUAGAAGCCAUUUGUAGUUUUCUCGCUGCACGUACAACAGAAUUGGAGAUGGCUGCUUAUCCUGCAUUAGAUGAACUUACCUCAAAGAUUAGUAGUCGUAAUUUGGAUAGAGUUCGUAAACUAAAGAGUGCAAUGACAAGGCUGACUGCUAGGGUUCAAAAGGUCAGAGAUGAGCUUGAACAAUUGCUGGAUGAUGAUGAUGAUAUGGCUGACCUAUACUUGUCAAGAAAGUUGGCAUGUUCAUCAUCACCAGUUAGCGGAUCAGGUCCUGCAAAUUGGUUUGCUGCCUCCCCCACCAUAGGAUCAAAGAUAUCCAGAGCAAGUAGAGCAAGCAUAUCCAGAGCAAGUAGAGCAAGUGUAGCAACAGUUCGUUUAGAUGAAAAUGACGUGGAAGAGCUUGAAAUGUUACUCGAGGCUUAUUUCAUGCAAAUUGAAGGCACCUUGAACAAAUUAACCACACUACGAGAGUAUAUUGAUGAUACUGAAGAUUAUAUUAAUAUUCAACUUGACAACCAUCGUAAUCAGCUGAUUCAGUUAGAGCUCUUUCUUAGCUCCGGAACUGUUUGUCUAUCUUUCUACUCUUUGGUGGCUGCUAUUUUUGGCAUGAAUAUACCAUAUACUUGGAAUGACGACCAUGGUUACAUGUUCAAAUGGGUAGUUAUUGUCUCAGGAGUAUUUUCUGCUGUUAUGUUUCUCCUGAUUACUGCCUAUGCUCGCAAAAAGGGGUUGGUUGGAUCAUGAAAAUAAAUUUUGCUGGAAAAGGGGUGCAGAGAAUGAACUCUAGGACUCCUACAUAUAGUCUAUUAACUUAUGUUGUAGAGCUCUAUAUUGGAGGUGAUUCAAGAUUUUGUUGUAUUCUGGUUAUGCUUUAGUAACAAGAGCUGUUAAAGGAUCUGGUGGGAGCUUAGCUAUAAGAGUCCAAAAGUUAAUAUGGAGCAGGUGUCAAGCGGUUCCGCUAUAUCCUAAACUACUUGGCUCUCUGGAUUCAAGCAUCAAAACAGAACUGUAAAAAGUUUUCAGAUUCAAAGUUGAAUCUUGAUUUUUAAUAAUAUGUGAUUAUCUUUAUAUGCUAUUUCUGUCAUUCUGAUACUUUUUUUACUCUGUUCUCUUUUGCGUAGACAUGUAUCGGAUAAGCAUCAUAAAUGCAUCCGAUCUCCAAACCAUUUUAGCCAUUAAAUGCAGUUUUGUAACCGGCUAUUCUCACAUUUCCUUUGUAUUUUCAGUUUUUGAUUUAGUCUGAGCACAUGACUCAAGAUGAGUCCUUGGAAUUUUUGUGGGUGUGUAUGAAAGAAUAUGAUUUGAUUCCUAUACAAAUUCAUGUAUAAUUUAAU